GCGCGCGGCGCGGGGCGCGGGGCGGACGGCUGCAGACGGCAGCGCGUGCGGGGAGGGAGCGGGCCGCCUUUCCGGCCGCGGCGAGGAGCGCGGUUGCGGGGCUUGCAGCAAGAUGCUCGAGGUAGCAGCCUUCGUGUGCGUGUGUGCAGCAGCCUGGUGCAGCCCGGCGCUGGCGGCGGCGGCGGCCGGGGGCAGACCGGACAGCGGCAAUUUUCUGGACGAUAAACAAUGGCUCACGACUAUCUCCCAGUAUGACAAGGAGGUCGGGCAGUGGAACAAAUUCCGAGACGAUGAUUAUUUUCGUACAUGGAGUCCGGGUAAACCAUUUGAUCAAGCUUUAGAUCCGGCUAAAGAUCCAUGUUUAAAGAUGAAAUGUAGUCGCCAUAAGGUCUGUGUUGCACAGGAUCAACAAACUGCAGUUUGCAUUAGUCACCGAAGGCUUACACACAGUAUGAAAGAGGCUGGUUUAGGCCAUAAACAGUGGAGGGGUGGUCCCAUUUCAUCAAACUGCAAGCAGUGUCCAGUAGUUUAUACCAAUCCUGUUUGUGGAUCAGAUGGUCACACAUAUUCUUCUCAGUGCAAAUUAGACUAUCAAGCCUGUGUCUCAGGAAAAAUGAUCUCGGUGAAAUGCGAAGGACGUUGCCCUUGCCCUUCUGACAAAUCCAAAAACGCAGGCAGAAAUGAUAGGAGAGUGUGCAGUGACCUGGAAUUCAGGGAGGUUGCAAACAGAUUGAGAGACUGGUUUAAGGCACUUCAUGAAAGUGGAUUUCAGAAUAAGAAGACUAGGAUUGUACAAAGGCCUGAAAGAAGCAGAUUCGAUACCAGUAUUUUGCCGAUUUGCAAAGACUCCCUUGGCUGGAUGUUUAACAGGCUUGAUACGAACUAUGACCUGCUGUUGGACCAGUCAGAGCUUGGAAGCAUUUACCUUGACAAGAAUGAACCGUGCACCAAGGCGUUCUUCAAUUCUUGUGACACAUACAAGGACAGUUUGAUAUCUAACAAUGAGUGGUGCUACUGCUUCCAAAGACAGCAAGACCCACCUUGCCAGACGGAACUCAGCAACAUUCAAAAGCAGCAAGGAGGAAAGAAGCUCCUAGGGCAGUACAUUCCCUUAUGUGAUGAAGAUGGGUAUUACAAGCCAAGUCAGUGCCAUGGAAGUGUAGGGCAAUGUUGGUGUGUUGACAGAUACGGUAAUGAAGUAACAGGAUCCAGAAUAAAUGGUGUGGCAGAAUGUGCUAUUGAUUUAGAGACUUCAGGUGAUUUUGCCUCAGGCGAUUUCCAUGAAUGGACAGAUGAUGAAGAUGAAGAAGAUGAAAUUAUGAAUGAUGAAGAUGAAAUUGAGGAUGAUGAUGAAGAUGAAGGAGAUGAUGAUGUAGAUGAUGACGAUGAUCAUGAUGGAUAUAUUUGAUGAUAUUAGGGGUUAAUGAAUUGUACCUUUCUAGAAUUCACAGUGACAUCUCAUAAAAUCCCUUUGCUCUGCAAGAUCAAAAGGAGUCUAACAAACAUGUAUAUUUUGUAUGAUUGUUACAAACAUUGCAGCUGGAGUUAUAGACUUUUUUGUUUAAAUAAGAAUCAUUAUAUUAUGUGCUCUUGAGUUUUUAAAUGCCUUUGCGAUGAAGAAGAGGCAUCGGAAGUGUAGCCUGAAGAAGGAAAUGUGAUGUGCUACUGAAAAUAUAAAUGUGCAAAACAUACUAUAAAGACAACCAGACUUUUUAAAACUUCCAUGAAAAGGAUAUUUGCCCUUAUUUGGAACUUUGUGUGUGCUCUUCAAAACACAUACUGUAACUUAACUUUAGCUCUGUCAAUGAUUUAGGUCCUGCAGGCUUUGCAAAUUGUGCAUAAAAUAAAUAAAAAAUGUGUUACAGUAGAAAAACUUCAGUGCACAAGUAGCAUCUCAACAGUCUUUAAUUAACCAAAGGUAUGGAGAAAAACUAACAGGAGGGAAAAAUAAUGCAAGAUCCUCCUUUGUGUUUGCAUUUGUAGUUAUGUUUUUAUUGGGAAAUGGCUAGGUUAUUGAAAGGAUAUUUCAAAAGCAGUAGCAUGGACAAGCACUGAUUCUGUAAAUCUAGAGUUUUCUUGUCCUUCCUUCACUUUUUCUUUCAUGUUAAGCUUGUAUAGGCUUUAUCAUUAUUUACUCAAGCAGCCUAAUUAAUUCACCCUUUGUUGUUUCUCUGUCUCUCUCUCUAAUCAGAUUAGCAUAAAAUAUUUUACAUGGGAAAAAAACUUUGCUUAAAAAUAUAUUACCUUUAUACAUGACUGUAUUUCAGAGUAUUGGCACUUGCCCCAAGAUAGUUUUAAAAAUAACUAACUAUACGUUUUAUUUUCUUAAUUCAGGAAAUACUUUUGCAUCCUUAUCUUAAUUCAUGUUUUCUGAUACUUGUGCAGAAACUUAGAGAACGUAUUGUAAGGUGCCUUGCAAAAUAGAAAUAGAGAGGUUUUAGCAUGCAUACCAGUAUAGGAUGUUAGGCAAUAGCUAAGCACACCCAAUUACCAAAUUAAUACCAAUAUAGGUACUGCUGCUGGAAUGAAGAAAAUGGGUUAUUUUAAUUCUUUUUUUCGUAUUGUUAUGUAAUUACCAUGUGGACUAGAUUAUGAUUAUUGUGUAGAGUAGCACUUAAGAUUUGACUGUAGAGAAAAUUACUUUAAUCACUGUAUUUAUGUUAGCAUGUUAAUUAAUUGUGUAGACAUUUUGGGACUCCAUCAUCUUCAUUCAUAUCAUAUCUAUUGCUUUCUGCCCACAACAAAAUUGAGAUGACCUGUAUAAUGUAAUGUUAUACCACAGGUUGUGUAGUUUCAACAGAGGAUCACUGGUUUCCCUGAUUUAAUCUGCAGUUAACUAAAAGGAAAAUCAGUUUAUUAUUUGAAUUAAUUUCUACACAUUAAAUACUAAAUUUAAUGUUUAUCCUAUGUAAUAUUGAAAAAUAUAAUGCAUUUUCUUUUUUACUGUUUCUGUAUAGUUUGCAAAAUAAAGACUCUUGUAACCAA